AUGAAGCUGAAUCUUACAACAGGAAUUACUCCGAACCUUAAUGUUUCUGCUGCGCUUCUUGCAUUUGUGCUUGUUCGAACAUGGAAAAAGUUGCUUGGAAAGACAGGAAUUGUCUCAAUUCCUUUCACAAAACAGGAGAAUACUAUGAUACAAACUUGUGCUGUUGCAUGUUACAGCAUUGCAGUUGGAGUUCUCAUCAAUGGAUUUCAUUCCAGAGGUGACAAAAUGGCCAAAAAGCAAGUACGAGGUUUCUUGAAGUGUUUUUCGUUCAGUUUUUUCUGGGGUUUUUUCCAGUGGUUUUACAAAGGAAAAGAUGAUUGUGGGUUUUCACAGUUUCCUACAUUUGGACUUCAAGCUUGGAAGCAAACGUUUUAUUUUGAUUUUAGCAUGACUUACAUUGGGACUGGAAUGAUUUGUUCCCACAUUGUAAAUUUAUCUUUGCUUCUGGGAGCUGUGCUUUCAUAUGGCAUAAUGUGGCCACUCAUUAGAAAUCUUGAAGGAGAAUGGUUUCCAGCAGAUCUGCCAGAAAGCAGCAUGAAGAGUCUUAAUGGUUAUAAGGUAUUCAUCUCCAUUGCUCUCCUUCUAGGAGAUGGGCUCUACAAUUUCAUCAAAAUCCUGAGUGUCACCCUCAUCAAUUUUCGCGGAAGGUUGAAAAGUAGAAAUCCCAACUCAGCCAUUGCCGGAGUUAGUGAGGACAAGGCUCUCAAAGAUCUCAAACAAGAUGAAGUUUUCAUUCGGGAAAGCAUUCCCAUGUGGGUAGGAGCUGCUGGUUACAUAAUCUUAGCACUGAUAUCAGUGAUUGCAAUUCCAUUCAUAUUUUCAGAGCUCAAAUGGUACUAUGUUCUUGUUGCCUACAUUUUUGCUCCAUCUUUAGCCUUCUGCAAUGCAUAUGGAGCUGGUUUAACAGACAUAAACAUGUCCUACAAUUAUGGGAAAGUGGGCCUUUUUGUUAUCUCAGCAGUGGCUGGAAAAGACCAUGGUUUAGUAGCAGGAAUGGCAGGUUGUGGUCUAGUCAAGUCCAUUAUUUCUGUUUCCUGCAUUUUAAUGCAGGAUUUCAAAACAGGCCAUUUGACUCUAACAUCACCUAGAGCAAUGCUGUUAAGCCAGACAUUUGGGACAUUUUUGGGGUGUGUAGUUUCACCCUUAAGUUUCUUCUUAUUCUACAAGGCAUUUGAUAUUGGGAACCCUGAUGGAGAAUUCAAGGCCCCAUAUGCUAUAAUCUACAGAAACUUGGCAAUUCUAGGAGUACAAGGAUUUUCAGCUUUGCCGAAACAUUGUUUGCAACUCUGUUAUGGGUUUUUCGCAUUUGCAAUCGGGAUUAAUGUGGUGAAAGAUUUUGCUCCAAAGAAGAUUGGGAAAUGGAUGCCACUUCCAACCGCAAUGGCAGUGCCUUUUCUAAUUGGAGGAUAUUUUGCUAUUGAUAUGUGUGUAGGGACUUUGAUUGUGUUUUUGUGGCAUAGAAUUAACUCUAAGAAGGCAGAAUUGAUGGUUCCUGCUGUGGCUUCUGGUCUAAUCUGUGGGGAUGGUCUCUGGAUACUGCCUUCAGCAAUUCUUGGUUUGGCAAAAAUACAUCCCCCUAUUUGUAUGAAAUUCUUGCCUGCCUAG